AUGGAUAUCAUUAGGACCAGCGCCGACGGCUACCAAGAAAUCAGGACCGGGUUAGGAUGGCGAAGGGUGCUCUCUCCAGCCAGCACCGAGGCCACAUUCAGCCUUCCCGUCAUUGACAUUGGUGAUAUGGGCCAUCCCGAUCGAGAACGUCGAAGGUCCGUGGCGCGAGAGGUAUGCCAUGCUGCAGCCAAUGUGGGUUUUUUCUAUGUCAGCAACCAUGGCGUCCCAACCAGGGUGAUCGAAUCCAUCUUAUCAGAGACCAAACGCUUCUUUCACGACCUGAGUCUCGAAGAGAAAAUGGAGUAUGACACAGAAAAGCACGAGCACUACUACGGCUACUAUCCGAUCAAUCUUGACCCCAAUCUGCCUGCAGGAGCAAAAUUGAAUGAAGGCAUCAACUAUGGGUAUGAACCCUCAAUCGACCCCGGAGCCGCUACCUCGGACAACAAUGGCGACAACUGGUGGCCUACAGAGAAGCGUCUCCCUGGCUACGAAAAGAAUGUCAAGGAGUAUAUGUGUCAUGUUCUCGCGUUAAGUCGAGCUCUGCUUCGGAUGUUUGCACUUGGCCUCAAUCUGGACGAGCACUCGUUCGACCACCUCGCUACGAGACCAUACUCCAUUCUGAAGAUGGCACAUUAUCCUGGAAAUCUUUCUGGGACAGAUGAACCGUCAUCAAUCCGGCCCCAUACAGACUACGAGCUUUUGACCAUUCUCUUACAGGACGACAUUCCCUCACUCGAGGUCUUGUCCAAUACUGGGCAGUGGAUACAGGCGAAACCCAUCCCAGGGACAUUUGUGGUCAACAUUGGAGAUUCCAUGGCGAUGCUGACGAAUGGCCUCUUUGUCUCCACCAUGCACAGGGUGCUCAACCUCUCAAGGCGAGAUCGCUAUUCGGUCCCAUUCUUUCUGGGCGCCAACCAAGAGGCCGAGUUGAAGGCUCUUGAGCAAUUCGUCACGUCUGAUCAGCCGCCCAAGUUCCAACCCAUAACUUCAGGGGAAUACGUUCGUCGAUCCUUGCAAGCAGUGAAGAUCCAGCAGAAGUACGAUGAAGAACAGCAGAAGCGAAGACGACCGGACGGCGAUGCGCAGUACGUUGAUCUGGCACUGUCAGAGCAGUUCAAGCACUAUCGAGAAGGCUCCUGGUUGGAUGGACGCUCCGAAACGGUGACCAUCGGUGACGGCGAACACAUCAAAUAUCUUAUCCUGGGAGCGGGAUGCGGCGGUCUUCUCUUCGCCACCAAGCUCAUCAAGGCAGGCAUAUCAGUGUCCGAGAUCCGUAUCGUCAACUCUGCAGGAAGUGUGGGAGGAACGUGGCAUUACAACCGCUAUCCGGGGCUGAUGUGCGAUAUCGAGUCAUACUGCUAUCUUCCCCUUUCUGAAGAGACGGAUUACAUUCCGAAACACAAGUAUGCGUACGGCUACGAGUUCAGGGCGUACCUGAACGCCGUCGCAGACAGAUAUCGACUCUCGAAAACGGCAAUGUUCCGGAUCACAAUCAACAGCCUCCUCUGGGACGACUCGAGCUGCCAGUGGAAAGUCGGCAUGACCAAGAAACGCAAGUCAGGCCCUGAACUGAAGAUUGAAGCGACUGUGGAUUUUGCCAUUGCUGCGUCUAAAUUCAUUCUAUAUCCAAAACUUCCUACCGUUUCUGGGGUCGAGAACUUCAACGGCACCUCAUUCCACACAUCGCGCUGGAAUUACUCUGUUACUGGCGGCUCUGAAGACAACCCCAUCCUUGACAACCUCUCUGGCAAACGGGUGGGCAUUAUUGGUCAAGGUGCCACGGCAGUCCAGCGCCCUACUAACAAGUACACAUGGAAAUCUACCGUCGCCUCCCAUCCUGGCUGGUGGAAAGAGCGGAAUCUUAAUUUGGCGGUCCACCUUUCAGGCGCACCUCCGCCUGCCGACCUCGACCUUGUCAAUGAUAAGUGGAGUACCUACCUCUCAUGCCGUGGCCUGCUUGGAGGCACCGAUCCGCCGUCUUCAGUGGAUGAGAUUCCGACCUUUGUGGCACAUCAGUACGCUCUGGACCUGCCUCGCGCCGAACGAAUCCGCCAGCGGGUCGACGAGAUCGUGGAGGACAAAAGGAGUGCCAAGACCCUCAAGCACCGGUACAGCACUUGGUGCAAGCGACCAACAUUCCAUGACUAUUUACCAUGCUUCAAUCUCCCAAACGUCGAGCUUGUUGACACGGAUGGAAAGGGUGCUGAUCGGCUGACGGCCACGGGAGCGGUUAAAAUCACGGGCAGGAACGGUAAAGACAUGGAUGCAAAGUGGGAAGAAGCCGUGGCCAUGCUGCACGGGACCGUGACGCACGAUUUCUCGAACUUUUUCAUGCCGGGCCCUUUCCACGCAGCUGCAACAGGGAAUCAGAAUUCCGUGCUCGACAUCAUGUCCAAUCACGUGGCCCAGGUUAUCACCCAGGCUCAGACAAAGCAUCGGGCCGGAAGAUAG